AUGCAAGGCGCGGGGACAGGAGGCGCGGGUGUGUCAUCAUGCAAGGCGCGGGGACAGGAGGCGCGGGUGUGUCAUCUUGCAAGGCGCGGGGACAGGAGGCGCGGGGACAGGAGGCGCGGGUGUGUCAUCAUGCAAGGCGCGGGGACAGGAGGCGCGGGUGUGUCAUCAUGCAAGGCGCGGGGACAGGAGGCGCGGGUGUGUCAUCAUGCAAGGCGCGGGGACAGGAGGCGCGGGUGUGUCAUCAUGCAAGGCGCGGGUGUGUCAUCAUGCAAGGCGCGGGGACAGGAGGCGCGGGUGUGUCAUCAUGCAAGGCGCGGGGACAGGAGGCGCGUGUGUGUCAUCAUGCAAGGCGCGGGGACAGGAGGCGCGGGUGUGUCAUCAUGCAAGGCGCGGGGACAGGAGGCGCGGGUGUGUCAUCUUGCAAGGCGCGGGGACAGGAGGCGCGGGUGUGUCAUCUUGCAAGGCGCGGGGACAGGAGGCGCGGGUGUGUCAUCUUGCAAGGCGCGGGGACAGGAGGCGCGGGUGUGUCAUCAUGCAAGGCGCGGGGACAGGAGGCGCGGGUGUGUCAUCUUGCAAGGCGCGGGGGACAGGAGGCGCGGGUGUGUCAUCUUGCAAGGCGCGGGGACAGGAGGCGCGGGUGUGAGGCGCGGGUGUGUCAUCAUGCAAGGCGCGGGGACAGGAGGCGCGGGUGUGUCAUCAGGCAAGGCGCGGGGACAGGAGGCGCGGGGACAGGAGGCGCGGGUGUGUCAUCAUGCAAGGCGCGGGGACAGGAGGCGCGGGUGUGUCAUCAUGCAAGGCGCGGGGACAGGAGGCGCGGGUGUGUCAUCAUGCAAGGCGCGGGGACAGGAGGCGCGGGUGUGUCAUCAUGCAAGGCGCGGGGACAGGAGGCGCGGGUGUGUCAUCAUGCAAGGCGCGGGGACAGGAGGCGCGGGUGUGUCAUCUUGCAAGGCGCGGGGACAGGAGGCGCGGGUGUGUCAUCUUGCAAGGCGCGGGGACAGGAGGCGCGGGUGUGUCAUCAUGCAAGGCGCGGGGACAGGAGGCGCGGGUGUGUCAUCAUGCAAGGCGCGGGGACAGGAGGCGCGGGUGUGUCAUCAUGCAAGGCGCGGGGACAGGAGGCGCGGGUGUGGAGGCAUGCAAGGCGGGGACAGGAGGCGCGGGUGUGUCAUCAUGCAAGGCGCGGGGACAGGAGGCGUGGGUGUGUCAUCUUGCAAGGCGCGGGGACAGGAGGCGCGGGUGUGUCAUCAUGCAAGGCGCGGGGACAGGAGGCGCGGGGACAGGAGGCGCGGGGACAGGAGGCGCGGGUGUGUCACCAUGCAAGGCGCGGGGACAGGAGGCGCGGGUGUGUCAUCUUGCAAGGCGCGGGGACAGGAGGCGCGGGGACAGGAGGCGCGGGUGUGUCAUCAUGCAAGGCGCGGGGACAGGAGGCGCGGGGACAGGAGGCGCGGGUGUGUCAUCAUGCAAGGCGCGGGGACAGGAGGCGCGGGUGUGUCAUCUUGCAAGGCGCGGGGACAGGAGGCGCGGGGACAGGAGGCGCGGGUGUGUCAUCAUGCAAGGCGCGGGGACAGGAGGCGCGGAGACAGGAGGCGCGGGUGUGUCAUCUUGCAAGACGCGGGGACAGGAGGCGCGGGUGUGUCAUCAUGCAAGGCGCGGGGACAGGAGGCGCGGGUGUGUCAUCUUGCAAGGCGCGGGGACAGGAGGCGCGGGUGUGUCAUCUUGCAAGGCGCGGGGACAGGAGGCGCGGGUGUGUCAUCAUGCAAGGCGCGGGGACAGGAGGCGCGGGGGAUCAUGCAAGGCGCGGGGACAGGAGGCGCGGGUGUGUCAUCAUGCAAGGCGCGGGGACAGGAGGCGCGGGGGGACAGGAGGCGCGGGUGUGUCAUCAUGCAAGGCGCGGGGACAGGAGGCGCGGGUGUGUCAUCAUGCAAGGCGCGGGGACAGGAGGCGCGGGUUUGUCAUCUUGCUAGGCGCGGGGACAGGAGGCGCGGGUGUGUCAUCUUGCUAGGCGCGGGGACAGGAGGCGCGGGGACAGGAGGCGCGGGUGUGUCAUCAUGCAGGAGGCGCGGGGACAGGAGGCGCGGGUGUGUCAUCUUGCAAGGCGCGGGGACAGGAGGCAGGAGGCGCGGGUGUGUCAUCAUGCAAGGCGCGGGGACAGGAGGCGCGGGUGUGUCAUCAUGCAAGGCGCGGGGACAGGAGGCGCGGGUGUGUCAUCUUGCAAGGCGCGGGGACAGGAGGCGCGGGUGUGUCAUCUUGCAAGGCGCGGGGACAGGAGGCGCGGGUGUGUCAUCAUGCAAGGCGCGGGGACAGGAGGCGCGGGUGUGUCAUCUUGCAAGGCGCGGGGACAGGAGGCGCGGGGUGUGUCAUCUUGCAAGGCGCGGGGACAGGAGGCGCGGGUGUGUCAUCUUGCAAGGCGCGGGGACAGGAGGCGCGGGUGUGUCAUCAUGCAAGGCGCGGGGACAGGAGGCGCGGGGACAGGAGGCGCGGGUGUGUCAUCAUGCAAGGCGCGGGGACAGGAGGCGCGGGUGUGUCAUCAUGCAAGGCGCGGGGACAGGAGGCGCGGGUGUGUCAUCAGGCAAGGCGCGGGGGACAGGAGGCGCGGGUGUGUCAUCUUGCAAGGCGCGGGGACAGGAGGCGCGGGUGUGUCAUCAUGCAAGGCGCGGGGACAGGAGGCGCGGGGACAGGAGGCGCGGGUGUGUCAUCAUGCAAGGCGCGGGGACAGGAGGCGCAGGAGGAGGCGGGGUGUGUCAUCAUGCAAGGCGCGGGGGACAGGAGGCGCGGGGACAGGAGGCGCGGGUGUGUCAUCAUGCAAGGCGCGGGGACAGGAGGCGCGGGUGUGUCAUCAUGCAAGGCGCGGGGACAGGAGGCGCGGGUGUGUCAUCUUGCAAGGCGCGGGGACAGGAGGCGCGGGGUGUCAUCAGGCAAGGCGCGGGGACAGGAGGCGCGGGUGUGUCAUCUUGCAAGGCGCGGGGACAGGAGGCGCGGGUGUGUCAUCAUGCAAGGCGCGGGGACAGGAGGCGCGGGUGUGUCAUCUUGCAAGGCGCGGGGACAGGAGGCGCGGGUGUGUCAUCAUGCAAGGCGCGGGGACAGGAGGCGCGGGUGUGUCAUCAUGCAAGGCGCGGGGACAGGAGGCGCGGGGACAGGAGGCGCGGGUGUGUCAUCAUGCAAGGCGCGGGGACAGGAGGCGCGGGUGUGGAGGCGCGGGGACAGGAGGCGCGGGUGUGUCACCAUGCAAGGCGCGGGGACAGGAGGCGCGGGUGUGUCAUCAUGCAAGGCGCGGGGACAGGAGGCGCGGGUGUGUCAUCUUGCAAGGCGCGGGGACAGGAGGCGCGGGUGUGUCAUCAUGCAAGGCGCGGGGACAGGAGGCGCGGGUGUGUCAUCAUGCAUGGCGCGGGGACAGGAGGCGUGGGGACAGGAGGCGCGGGGACAGGAGGCGCGGGUGUGUCAUCUUGCAAGGCGCGGGGACAGGAGGCGCGGGUGUGUCAUCAGGCAAGGCGCGGGGACAGGAGGCGCGGGGACAGGAGGCGCGGGUGUGUCAUCAUGCAAGGCGCGGGGACAGGAGGCGCGGGUGUGUCAUCAGGCAAGGCGCGGGGACAGGAGGCGCGGGUGUGUCAUCAUGCAAGGCGCGGGGACAGGAGGCGCGGGUGUGUCACCAUGCAAGGCGCGCGGGGACAGGAGGCGCGGGGACAGGAGGCGCGGGUGUGUCAUCAUGCAAGGUAA